AUGACUAGAUACAGGAACAAGAGGAAUCGUAAGAUGACCAGAUACAGGAACAAAAGGAAUCAUAAGAUGACUAGAUACAGGAACAAGAGGAAUUGUAAGAUGACUAGAUACAGGAACAAGAGGAAUCGUAAGGUGACUAGAUACAGGAACAAGAGGAAUCAUAAGAUGACUAGAUACAGGAACAAGAGGAAUCGUAAGGUGACUAGAUACAGGAACAAGAGGAAUCGUAAGGUGACUAGAUACAGGAACAAGAGGAAUCGUAAGGUGACUAGAUACAGGAACAAGAGGAAUCGUAAGGUGACUAGAUACAGGAACAAGAGGAAUCGUAAGGUGACUAGAUACAGGAACAAGAGGAAUCGUAAGGUGACUAGAUACAGGAACAAGAGGAAUCGUAAGGUGACUAGAUACAGGAACAAGAGGAAUCGUAAGGUGACUAGAUACAGGAACAAGAGGAAUCGUAAGGUGACUAGAUACAGGAACAAGAGGAAUCGUAAGGUGACUAGAUACAGGAACAAGAGGAAUCGUAAGGUGACUAGAUACAGGAACAAGAGGAAUCGUAAGGUGACUAGAUACAGGAACAAGAGGAAUCGUAAGGUGACUAGAUACAGGAACAAGAGGAAUCGUAAGGUGACUAGAUACAGGAACAAGAGGAAUCGUAAGGUGACUAGAUACAGGAACAAGAGGAAUCGUAAGGUGACUAGAUACAGGAACAAGAGGAAUCGUGAGGUGACUAGAUACAGGAACAAGAGGAAUCGUAAGGUGACUAGAUACAGGAACAAGAGGAAUCGUAAGGUGACUAGAUACAGGAACAAGAGGAAUCGUAAGGUGACUAGAUACAGGAACAAGAGGAAUCGUAAGGUGACUAGAUACAGGAACAAGAGGAAUCGUAAGGUGACUAGAUACAGGAACAAGAGGAAUCGUAAGGUGACUAGAUACAGGAACAAGAGGAAUCGUAAGGUGACUAGAUACAGGAACAAGAGGAAUCGUAAGGUGACUAGAUACAGGAACAAGAGGAAUCGUAAGGUGACUAGAUACAGGAACAAGAGGAAUCGUAAGGUGACUAGAUACAGGAACAAGAGGAAUCGUAAGGUGACUAGAUACAGGAACAAGAGGAAUCGUGAGGUGACUAGAUACAGGAACAAGAGGAAUCGUAAGGUGACUAGAUACAGGAACAAGAGGAAUCAUAAGAUGACUAGAUACAGGAACAAGAGGAAUCGUAAGCUGACUAGUUACAGGAACAAGUGGUUACAUAAGGUGACUAGAUAA